CAGACAGUUUCACCGCUCAGUAACGUAUCGUCCACCGCUCGACGAAGACGUAAUUAUCGCUCGCGCGAAAAACACCUGAUACACAUUUUUUACCCGUGGAUUGUUCGACCGUACAAGUACAGCACAACGUCGUUCUCGUGAUCCAAGUGAUUGGAAGUUUUAGUGGUAAGCAGAGUAUCGUCGAAGAGGAGUGUGCUCGAAGAAGAAGGAGCAGAGACACGAGCUAGAGAAAGAUGACUACCUGGCAGAACAAUCCUGGUGGAGGUUACUACCCUGGCCAACAAGGGUAUCCAGGCUACCCAGGAGGAAAUCCAGGUUAUCCAGGAGGUGAACAGGGCUAUCCAGGAGGAAAUCCAGGCUAUCCUCAACCCGGUUUUCAACCACCACCUUACCCAGGUGCACCGCCACCAGCUCCAGGCUUUGUACCACCACCAAUACACGCACCACCACCAGGCAUGUAUGGAACAAAUUACAACGAAGAGGAUGGGGAGGUCAAGGGGUUCAGCUUUAAUGAUACCACAAUACGACAAGCAUUUAUAAGAAAAGUGUAUUCAAUAUUGCUGCUGCAACUGCUGAUCACUUUUGGAGUUGUUGCAUUAUUUACUUUUAGUCAUAAUGCAAAGGAAUUUGCAGCUAAGAAUGUAUCUGUCAUGUACAUAUGUAUGGCUAUUACAUUUGGCUUGCUCAUAGCCAUGGCAUGUUGCACCAGUGUGCGUCGCAAGGCUCCCAUGAACUUCAUCUUUCUAUUUAUUUUUACUCUUGCUGAAAGUGUUAUGCUAGGUUUCGUUUCUAGCCAACAUGACGAGGGCUCUGUUAUACUUGCAGUUGGAAUUACAGCUUUUAUUUGCUUUGCUUUGACUUUGUUUUCAUUCCAAACUAAAAUCGAUUUCACUGGAGCUGGAACGUACCUUUUCAUUGCCGCCUUAUGCCUUAUGCUUUUCGGUUUCAUUGCAAUUUUCUGGCACGGCAGGACUGUAAUUCUAGUCUACAGUUGCCUUGGAGCCCUUCUCUUUUCGUUUUAUCUGGUAUAUGAUACACAACUGAUGCUGGGUGGCAAGCACAAGUAUUCAUUGUCUCCUGAAGAGUACAUCUUUGCUGCACUUAACCUGUACCUAGACAUCGUCAACAUCUUUAUUUACAUCUUAAGCAUCAUCGGCGCUUCCCGAGAUUAAGUAGAUUCACCUGAUAAUUGGGGAGACAAAUUCAAGAUUGAGAAUCGACAGAUCAAGCAACUCGUGUAGUAAAGGUGUGUCGAAUAUGUCGUCAAGUGUCCUGGUUAGAAAACUUUAUCAAUUAACUAUUCAAGGGAUAUUUGUUACCGCAAACAUUUUUUUUGACGAUUAGUAUGAUCUAAUAAUUUAUAUCCAACUUUUUGCUAUAUUUUUCAAUAUCUCUGCUAUAAGUAAUAAGCGAUAAAAUACUAAUAUUCAUCUUAUUUUAUUUAAUGUUUUCAUAGUUGUAUGUGAAAACAUUGAAUUUUUUUGAAUAUUUCUCGUUUUUACAUCAAUUAAUCCAAACAUCGUUUUUUUUUAAGUUUUCAUUUAACAUCUAAUACGUUUUCUUUCUUUUAGUAACGAACGUUACAUUAAAAUAUCAAAAUACACCAAAAAAAUUAAUAAGUUACAUUAGUUUAGGUUUUCAUUUAGAUUUUGAUGAAUUAUUUAUAAAAUGAUUCUAAGGUGGCAUAAAAGUUGUUGAUAAUUUACAAAUUUAUACUAUUCUUAUUAUUUAUAAACCUAUAUUAUUUAAUUUCUAACCAGGCUUUAGGUUGAUAGUGGAACCCAUUUCGAUUCGUUUUUUAGGCACUUUCAAAUGAAUUUGUCAAAGUAUUUGAUCAUUAUUAAAAUAGUAAUUGAAACCAGAUAAAUAAUUUUCAAGUGGGCAAUAAAUAUGGAUAAAAAAAUUAAGGUAAAAUUUAAUUAAUUAAUGAUGAUUAAUUUUAAUAGUAUUUUAGAAAAGUUCUGAAAGUGUACUGCUUGUUGCAAACUGAACUGAUAAUAAUUAACAAAUCAUUUAAAAUAAAAGACGAAAAUUGUUUGUGCCUAUACAGAAUCGUUGACAUUAAUGCUUGGAAAUUGCAUAACUACAUGAUCGCUUUUGUCUAUUAUUCCAAAAACGUAGCUUUAUGUACUAUUGAGUAUGAAAACUAAUCUAAAGUUGUAUGAUAUACGUUCAAAUGAAUGUUAUAAGCGUGAUUAUCAUUCCUAGCAGAAAAAUCGUAACUAUUAGUGUUCCUAUUACAUAUUGUACAUCCUUGUUUACUUUUCUUGUUUACCAUAAUUUGUUAAUACAUGCAUUGCUACAUGUUUCAUUAAUAUUUCAUAAUAUAUACAAAUAUACUAUGUAGUGUAUUUAUAUAUGACACAUGUGAUUAUUAACAUGUGAAGUAUUUUAUUCACAUAUAUUGAUACUUAUUGUAUAUUGUAUAUUUAACGAUUUCAGACACGUUUAUAUACUGUAUGUGACUAUCAAAUCUGUUCUGGCAUAAUAAUAUAAGUAUAUUUAUUUUUUUUUUCUCAUAUUUGACACGAUUUAAUAAUUAUUUUAUUUAAUAAAAACCACAUUGUGUAAUUUUUUUGUCACCGGCGAUUCCUUUUUAUAGUGUAAAAUACAAUGUUAUUUGUAUCAUAGAAUCUAUAUAUAAAUAUAUUUUGUAUUACAAUCAAAAUGAGCUGUAGUUUGAAAAAAAAACGUGUAAUUUUCACUCUGAACUUGAUUAUAUUAUAUAAUAUAUAUUAUACGUAAAACAUACUAUCUUUCGUUACUUUGAAAAAAUAUCCCUAUGAUGUUGAAGUAAUAAUCUCAUAGCACGAUAUCUUUACAAUGUAAUAAUUGGUAUUUAUUAAUUCAAAAUGUGAAAAAUAACGAAAUAAUUUCCAAAGUAACGAAAGGUCUUAUUGGUUUAAAAAAUAUGGUGAUAAGAAUAAAGAACCAGUAUUUGAAUAAAAAAUAAACGAUACACCAGAUUUCUGAAAUUUCACUUUAUUAUGCACGUUGAAAAACAGGCGCGAGCGAAGGCUCAAUUUUUAAAAAAAUAUUCAUCAAUCGAUCCGUCCUUCCAGCGAAGGAUCGCACCUUAUCGAGUGCAUUGUGGUAUUGCAAAUUGUCAAUAAUACAAAAUACAAAUUAUAUUAAUGUAAAAAAGGCUUGAGCUUCACCUUUGUCGACAAUUGACGCUGUCCACACCAACGAUUUUUAUUGCUUCGCGUCGCGUACUGUAUCGCGUAAAAAAAUAUAUAUAAAAGACAGAUUUUACGAAUAAAUAAGUAAAUAAAUAAAUUAUACAGAUACGCCUUGACGCGUUUUAUAAGCGAACGGGUUUGCGCAGAAGUUGGUGUAUAGAUGAAGACUGUUUACCGUUAAUUUUCAGUAAUAAAACGCCUUUGUUGAGAAAAGAAA